AUGAGUCUAGACGUUCAACUUACUGCCCCUAAUGGGCGAACCUACAAGCAGCCUACUGGUCUGUUCAUCAACAAUGAAUUUGUUCCAUCCUCAAACGGCAAGAAAAUCACAUCCAUAAACCCAACAAACGAGCAGGAAAUCACCUCCGUCUACGCCGCAUCAGCCGAAGAUGUCGACAAAGCCGUCCGCGCCGCUCGUCGCGCCCUUCGCAAUCCCGCGUGGCGAGAUCUCCCAGCUACAGAGCGCGGCAAGCUCAUGAACCGACUUGCCGAGCUCGUUGAGGAAAACCGAGAUAUUCUCGCUACGAUUGAAACAUGGGAUAACGGAAAGCCUUACUCUGUCUCGUUCAAUGAGGACAUGACUGAGGUGGCCGAGACGUUAAGAUACUAUGCUGGCUUUGCGGAUAAGGUCUUUGGACAGGUUAUUGAGACUACUGGUGAUAAGUUUGGAUACACCAUCCGUGAGCCUAUUGGUGUCUGCGGACAGAUUAUCCCAUGGAACUAUCCCCUUGCUAUGGCAGCUUGGAAGCUCGGCCCUGCCCUCGCCUGCGGUAACGCUGUAGUCCUCAAGCCCGCCGAGCAAACGCCCCUAUCAAUCCUCUACUUCGCCAACCUUGUUGUCAAAGCCGGCUUUCCCCCCGGUGUCAUCAACAUCGUCAACGGUCUCGGAACCGUUGCCGGCGCAGCCCUCGCCUCUCACAUGGACGUCGAUAAGAUUGCCUUCACUGGCUCUACCCCAACAGCCAAGACCAUCAUGAAGAUGGCUAGCAGUAACCUGAAGAAUAUUACUUUGGAGACUGGCGGCAAGAGCCCCCUUAUCGUCUUCGAUGAUGCUGAUAUCGAUUUGGCUGUUUAUUGGGCCCAUGCUGGUAUCAUGUCAAACCAGGGUCAGAUCUGCACUGCCACAAGUCGUAUUCUCGUUCAAGAUGGUAUCUACGAUAAGUUCCUCGCUGCUUUCAGAGCGCAAGUCAAGAACAUCUCCAAGGUCGGUGAUCCCUUUGACGAGAAGACCUUUCAAGGCCCUCAGGUCACAAAGGCUCAAUACGACCGUAUCCUCUCUUUCGUCGAAGUCGGCAAGAAAGAAGGCGCCAAACUUGAACUCGGUGGCCAACCAUUCAAGAAGGUCGGCGAUGGUAAGGGCUACUUUAUCGAGCCUACAGUCUUCACUGGCGUUUCUCCCAAGAUGCGAGUUUUCCAGGAAGAGGUUUUCGGACCGUUUGUGGUAGUUAGCAAGUUUAGCUCUGAGGAAGAAGCUAUCAACUUAGCCAACGAUACUCAGUAUGGUCUCGGCAGUGCUUUGUUCACUACCAACUUGACGAGGGCGCAUCAGGUCGCGAAGAGGAUUGAAGCUGGCAUGGUUUGGAUUAACUCAAGUAAUGAUAGCGACUGGAGGAUUCCAUUUGGUGGAGUGAAGCAGAGCGGUAUUGGACGGGAGUUGGGAGAGGCUGGUCUUGCGGCUUAUUCGAAUAUCAAGGCUGUGCAUGUCAACAUUGCGGCAAAGUUGUAA